GCCGUUAGCGUACUGUUUCUAUUAGCUGUUUCUAUUAGCGAUUGUUGUCAAUAGAGUUGAUAAAGUUAAUGAGCAUAUAAGCAUGCACAAUGUAUUAUUUAUUAUUUUGCUAGAUGUGUACUGAAAAAAAAUCAGGCAACUUUUGAAAAACGGUAGGCCUAGAGGACAGAUUUUUUUUUUCUUUUCUCCCUGACAUUUUGAGGACGGCCAUGUCAAACAGACAGUGAUGACUUCAGGCUUGAUUUAAGAUAAGAGCCAGCAAGCCAUCCACCCAUUCAUUCAUCCUUGUCAUCAUCCCUCGCCAUGCCUCGCUCCUUCCUGGUCAAGUGCAAGCGAGGGUCUUGCAACUCUGCCCGCUUCGAGGACGAUGAUGGCACCUCCUACCCACAUCCUACAGACUCAGCCAACAACAUGAGGGUCAAAUCAGGCAAUGAGUGGAGGAGCGUUUCUCCGAUGACCCCCCCUAACCUAAAGGACCCAGAGGCAUAUGCGGAGGCAGAGGCAGAGGCAGAGGAGGCUGUGCCCUCCCCAACGGGCUGGAGCACAGACCCUAUCAUCAGGACGCCAGAUCGUGAUCUUCAAGACAAGGCCGUCAUGACCCACCUUUCUAGUCAGUCGCUUGUGAAUGCCUACCACCAGCGAUGGUCCCCUGACACAGAGAACUGUACUCAGAUCAGUGCUGUGGGCACGGUGCAGGAUUCCUAUCCAUUCUGCAGACAGGCCUUCAUGUCAGUGUCAGACUCAGAGGCAAUAUUCAACAAGAUGGACGGAGGCCUGCACAAGUUCAGCACCGUCACAAGGAGCCGCUCAGACACAGCUCUCAGAGGGCACAAAGGUCACAAGCUCAAGGAAAGGACGUUCCAGUGUAACGUGUGCAGUAAGGUCUUCAAGCGCUCCUCCACUCUCUCCACCCACCUCCUCAUCCACUCCGACACCCGGCCCUACCCCUGCCAGUACUGCGGCAAGAGGUUUCACCAGAAGUCCGACAUGAAGAAACACACCUUCAUACACACAGGAGAGAAGCCUCACGUGUGUUCGGUGUGCGGCCGAGCCUUCAGCCAGAGCUCCAACCUCAUCACACACAGCCGCAAGCACUGCGAACAGAAGCCCUUCCACUGCCCACGGUGCCUGUACAGCUGUCAGCGCAAGGUGGAUCUACGCAGACAUCUGCAGAUGCACUGCACAAACCGCACGCCGCACACACCACUGUACGCACAAAGCUAGCUAUACACACACACAGACACAGACACAGAAACACACACGCACAACUGUAUGUUCAAAGCUAGCCACACAACGGUAGGCACACAUGGAGGG